CAGAAACAAAUGACUCCGUAUAUUUAUGAUGAUGAGAAAUACCAUCGUCAUUUUGAUACAUCAAAACUUGUCAAACUUGACGUAUUCCGUAUUUCGCCUUCGGUCGACGUUCUGUUCUUUUUUUUUUACUGUAGUGACCACGUGCCCAAGCUGCCUUAUGACAAAAACAAAAGUCAUCAUAAUCAUAAGCUUCGUCUGACAAUGCAAAGACAUCUUAAAGCAGCAGUUCAUCAGAAAGCAGAUACAAGUGAAGUGCUUCUGAAAGAGGGAUGGUGUGUUAAAAAGAGCGGAAACAAGGGCUUGCUCGGACAAUACAAGUGGCAAAGACGAUGGUUUAUUCUUCUUCAGCGCGGUCAGACAGUAACGCUUUAUUACUAUGAGAAGCAAGGUGCCAGAGCUGCCAAGGGCCAGAUCCAGUUGAGCAAUAAAUAUGUAACCAGAGAACCUGAAGGCAAAGAGAGGGAACAACGAAAUUGUUUUGAGGUCGGACCGUUUGCGGAGGAUGGCACAACGAGAACAUACUACAUCAGUUGCGAAACUGAAGAGGACAAACACGAGUGGAUGGAAGUGAUGAAUGCAGCUAUAGAGGGCAGUACAGCCAAAAAGGCACUGGAGAGAAAGCAGACAGCUUCAUUCAAUUGCAAGAAACGGCAAAACCGUGCGAAGGUUCAAUCCAUGCACAUUGGGAGACGCGAAAUCAAGAGAGAUUUGUAUUUGGAUCCUGAUUGGAGGAAACUGCAAUGGAAGACUCUAGUUGAGGUGGCGAGCAGCAAAGAUUGGAAGAAAAGUGACACAAAGGACGGUAUUACAGUUGGCAGAAAGAGCUUCAGUGAUGGCCUGCAUGCUGUUGUUAAGAUCGAAGGAAUUAUACAGGCGAAAUGCAAGCACGUUUACAGCUUUUUACAGAGUGCAGUAAAACCUGGUGGGAAGCUUGACUUCCCGUUCAAGAAUGUAGAUGACGUCCUGGAGGAGUUAUCGAGCCCCCCUCGAGGAGUGGUUGUCAGCUGUUACAAAGACCUCAAGGCCCUGCCUAACACACAGCCUCGUCAUGUCACCCUCUUACAGAUGGCCGUACCGAUGCAGUUGACUCAAGGAGAGUCUUGUGGAUUGCUGGUCAUGUCUGUUCAUCAUCCAGACUGUGAAAAAAGACCGGAUGCAGUGGCCUGUAGUGUUGGCAUUUCGGGUUGCGUAAUCAAAGAGCACAAAUCAGAGCAACAGACUCCUAAGGUACAACAAGCCAGCAGUGAUGAAACUGAUCCCACUGAUAACAUUAGUUCACCAAGGUCACAGGUCACCCAUAUGACCUUACUAUGUCAGGUCAACCUUCAGGGGUCACUUCAAGCGAUGAUGAAAGGAGCGUACAGGUCGGGUUUGUUGGUGUACGGUAUGAGAUCAUUUUUCCAAAACCUAACUGACCACAUCGACAGCUAUGUUAAGAUUGUAGACUUUUAAAAAAUAAUUGUGCAAUCAUGGCAGGAGGCCCUUAGAAUGUACAUGACAGCAGACUGUUUCUGAAUAACUUUCCAUUUUGUCUUAUCGAUGUGUAACCAAGGGACCCUCACUGUGACUCGUAGGCCUGAAGGAAAGGAAGAUGUCAAACAAUAUGUCA